CGCUAGAGUGUCGUUGUGUCGCUAAGCUGAGUGGAGCUGUGAACGCUGCGGCGUUAUUGUUGAUCAAUGGCAUUAGUAGACCCAAUGUGUUGUGUUUGUGUUUUAUUCGUGUAUUAGUCAGGGCCAAGAGGCCCUCCCAAGACUUCUGACGGGCAAACCUUGUGCGUCUCGCAGCAAUGGCAACGAUAUCCACGGCCGCACCGACGUCCGCGGAUGCCUGCCUGAGCAUCGUGCACAGCCUAAUGUGUCACAGGCAGGGUGGUGAAUCUGAAAGCUUUGCCAAACGCGCCAUCGAAAGCUUGGUCAAGAAGCUUAAGGAGAAGAGAGACGAACUUGACAGCCUCAUCACAGCUAUCACAACAAACGGUGCCCAUCCGAGCAAAUGUGUGACCAUUCAGCGAACUUUAGAUGGUAGGCUUCAGGUCGCAGGAAGAAAAGGUUUUCCGCACGUUAUUUAUGCUCGCAUCUGGAGGUGGCCUGACCUCCACAAGAACGAGCUGAAGCAUGUGAAGUACUGUCAGUACGCAUUCGACCUGAAGUGUGACAGUGUCUGCGUCAACCCCUACCAUUACGAAAGGGUCGUAUCUCCUGGCAUCGAUCUCUCUGGGCUGACUCUCCAGCAUUCAGAUGUAUUUGGUGGUGGUGAUGGCCAUUAUGUCAAAAACGAAUAUGGGGACCUGGAUUGUGGUCCCAGCGGCAUGCAGCAUGUACCACAGACUAUACAGCAUCACCCCUCACAGACGUCAUCGCAGCCGUCAUCAACAGACCCCUAUGGACGGCCGAUGCUGCUGUCUCCUUCAAGUACAGUGCCUGGAGCAGCAUCUCCAAAUGGCAGCCUCACAAGUCAGUCAAGUCAGUCGGCAGUCAAUCCAGCUGCGGCUGUGCCGCAAGCUGCCCCUUCUGCCGUGCUUCCUCAACAGCCAGUCCCGGGGGUAGUGGCAACCGCACCUUCCCAACAGCAGCCGCCACCACAGGCUGGAGCUGCAAACCCUGUCACGCAGCCGCCGUCCAGUUCAGCACAAGGGAGCACAGCCCAGCAAGGAUAUUUUGCCUCUGUCUUGGACAGCCCGUCUUUGAUCCAAGCACCUGCGAGUUCCACAAGCAUAGAUACGUUUAGUUCUCGUGACGCCCCAUCCACAUCUUCAGUGGACACCACCAUUGCCCCUCUCUCCCCACACUUACCUCAAAAUGGAAUGAAUGGAAUGAACCAGCAGCAGUCAAUGCAACCAUUUUCAAGCACAGGUGGGGGAACGUGGACGGGGAACAGCACCCUGUCGUACACGCAGACGAUGGUUCCCCCCGCCGGCACAGACAACUCAUUACGGCAGCAGCAGCAACAGCACCAGCAACAACAACAGCAGCAGCAGCAGCAGCAGCAGCAACAGCAACAACAUCCGGCUUUCUGGCAGCACCACUCCAUGAUGCAGCAAGACAUGCCAGUGCAAGGAACUCUUUCAAACCAACCCGCUCCCGAGUACUGGUGCUCAAUCGCCUAUUUUGAGCUUGACCAGCAAGUUGGUGAGACGUUCAAGGUCCCAUCGACCUUUUCUGGUGUGAUCAUUGAUGGCUACGUCGACCCAUCUGGUGGAAACCGCUUCUGCCUUGGUGCCCUCUCCAAUGUUCAUAGAACAGAGAAGAGCGAAAAAGCGAGGUUGCACAUUGGCAAAGGUGUGCAGCUGGACCUGCGGGGUGAAGGGGACGUCUGGUUGCGCUGCCUCAGCGAUCACAGCGUCUUUGUGCAGAGCUAUUACCUAGACCGGGAGGCUGGCAGGGCGCCCGGAGAUGCCGUGCACAAGAUCUACCCAAGUGCCUACAUCAAGGUUUUUGACCUUCGGCAGUGCCAUGGACAAAUGCAGCAGCAGGCACAGACGGCGCAGGCAGCGGCGGCUGCCCAGGCCGCAGCGGUUGCUGGCCACAUCCCAGGGCCUGCGUCAGUGGGCGGCAUUGCCCCUGCUAUCAGUCUGUCUGCAGCAGCAGGCAUCGGUGUAGAUGACCUUCGACGGCUCUGCAUUCUGCGGCUGAGUUUCGUCAAGGGCUGGGGCCCUGACUACCCACGACAGAGCAUCAAGGAGACGCCGUGCUGGAUUGAGGUGCACCUGCACCGCUCACUGCAACUGCUUGAUGAAGUGCUUCACUCCAUGCCCAUCCAUGACCCGAGACCACAUGACUAACCUCCUGACCCCACCCUCCCCUUCACCUCCCGCAUCCCAUUCCCCCUGUGUCCCCAAAUUUUCAAUCAAAAUAAAAGCGACUGUGAAGAA